CAAAGGCAAUGAAAAUCUAGUGUAAUAUAAGUUCAUUAGUCUCAGCGAAAACCCAAAAAGUGCUUUUAGUGCAAAAUUAUCCGUGCAAAAAAUGGUUGUUUGCAUAGGAACGAUGCCACCAGAAACGAGGCAACAACCCGCGAUAAAAAAGGAGCUUUCGGAAUUGAUAGAUAGUCACGCAAACCUCGAACUUGUUAACCCUGUUGAAAGUGGGGUCGCGGAGGAUCGCGAGGAGGGUGAGAUUGAGGACGAAUUCGAGCUGAUAAUAUCGUCCGAGGACGAAGAAUUCAAGCUCCGCGCCCGUAUUCAGCAGCUGGAGGAGAACAACAAGGAUGUGGAGCGAAUGGACAUGCUGUCCGCCAAUUUGGCCCAUCAAUAUAAUUAUCCAAAGCCUAUGCCGCGUUUGCCAUCCUACCAGCAAAAUUCACCUAUCUACAUCUUGUCAGAUGUGUCUAGCCAGUCAGAGAAUGAGUACGAAGCUCAGCGAAAAUUUAGAAAACAUAAGAUGCGCCGCGUAGAGCUGAGCAAAAGGCAAAACCAUUCUGUGCACAACGAAUACCGCAGGAAUCCCCUUGGCAGGCGCCACAAGCAUGCAUCCCCCCCUCCUCCGGUAACCACGCACCGCAGGCGUCAGGGCUAUCACCACCACCAACCGUCCAAUCAUCACCAACACCGCCACCAGCAGCAUUUCGCUCUUGAAGAUUCACUGGACAGCAUCACCGACGAUGAGCUAGGCGAGUACGACAUGAACAUUGAGAACGAGGACGAUGAAAUUGACAUUAAAAGGCUUAAAUUGAGCAGAGAUAAGCUGCGUGAGGCCUUGGCUCGAGAAGAGCGGCAGUACGACAUAAGUCAGUACAAAAGCAGCCUGAGGGACCGACUGCAGUACCGCUUGCCCAAGGCGCCUAGUCCCAAGAACAUAAGAGAGUACCCGCAGGAGAAGGAACUGCCACUUUCGCCACUGCAAAUACUUUCCGACGGUGGGGAGGAUGAGCCUGAACAGGAACAGCCGCAAAGUGAAGAUUCUGCAGAGCUCAAGCUCCGACUGAUAGCUCUUAAAUCUGCCAUUUUGAAAAAGCAUCUGGCGCGAAAAAAGCGCGACGCAGAACGGGCCUACUCACCCACUGAUAUGAUCAAUCGUGUGCAUCCUGUCAUUUCCAAUGACGAGGACAUCGAUGAUCUCAUGGAGAUCAGUCCGGCAGCAUCGCCAGAGCGAGAACAAAGUUCGCCAAGAUACUCCACAGAGUAUGCCGUGGAUACAAAGCCUGUGGACAUGGAGCUGGCCGAAACAGACAGCGAUGAUCAGAAUAAAGAUGCCUGGAAUCCGUGGUCGAAUAACUGGAACACCAUGGACAAUGCUGGUGGCAGUUGGCGAUGCUUUUUGCCAAACAACCUUCCCCCUGUUUCGGUGCCCAUUGUGAUAGAUGAAGACGAUGAGGAUGAUAUCAAAACUCAUGAUAUAAUUAGCAGAGAGAAUAGAGCUUACGACUACGACGACGACGAAAUUCCGCCUCCACCACCGCCGUUUCACAUUCCACACAUGCAUCUGGAGGAUGAUGAUGCCCGGGAUGCCAUGCACCUCGUCGACCAGCAUUCCAAUAAUAGUUAUAACACGGAAAUACAGUCUGUUUCCAUGGAAAACUCGCAGACGCAAGUGAAGAGUUUUGAUCAAUUCCAUCCAGAAUCAAGUGAUGAUGAAGCGGGAGCACUGCGGGCCAUAUUGCUUUCCAAUUUGCGGGCAAUAAAGCCACCACCACCACCUCCAGAUUCUCCGCCUCCCCCAGAUACUUCCGCUUUUGUUUCAGUACCAUCGUCUGUUGCAGAUCCUUUCGUAGAUUCCGUAAAAACUCUUGUAUCUGCUCCACUCUCCACACCCUUACCUGAUCUUGCACCUGUGUCUGGUUCAAUAGCUCAACUUAAGGAGGAGUCGAACCAAGAAAACGAUUCAGAUGAUCCAGAGGUAUUGCGUUUAUUGCUCCUAUCCAGUAUAGCUAACAAAAAGCGGGUCAGUAGCGUAACACAACAUUCAAGUCUUAGUCCAAAAAUACUUAAGAAUGCUGUGAAGCGUUUUCAAUCCACUGGGUUGCCAAUAAAAGAUGAACAGUCCCAGGAUCAGCAUCCCAAUUUAGAAGAGAUUACAGAACUAAAAACCGAGAAUAAGACGCUAAAUGAGGCUAUUGUGGAGCCGAUUGCUUUGGAAGCUGGUCCCAUCCAGAUGGCAUCCGUGGAGUCCCCGCAGCCAGUUCUCAAACCUACUAUCCAGGCCAAGGAAUUAACUUCACCCUCCACGAAAAUCAUUAAAAUUGUCAAGCCGAACAAGGUGAUCAACAAAAAGACAACGACAAAACGGAAACUACCAAUCAAUGAAGAAGCUGGCUCUGUUUUAAGCGUUAAGCGGCCAUCAGCAUUAAUGAUUAAGGAGCCCAGCGCUCCACUGCAUGGUCUGACCGCGGUCUCAUCCAACACACGCCUCAUUACCACCGUAGAUCCAGCUAGUAUCAAGGUUAACAAGCUGGUUAUUAGCUUAGCAGAGGAGUCAGCCGCUAGCGAUGACGACCUAGAGCUGAGCUCUUGCUAUGCUUAUGUCAACACAGACAUUGCCAGUCCCUUAAGUUUGGUAAUGGGCGGCUUCAGUGGCUCCACCACCAGAUCAAAUACUCCCAUAUCAGAGAUUGUGGAAACUACUCCGAGCGCCAAUAACAAUCUCAGGCGAACUGUGAUCAAUGAAUACUUUGAAAAGAAGAUCGAUGAUUUUCUGAAGCAAGCGAGAUCUAAGGCGCCCGCAAGUAACUCACCGGAGGAGACAAUUGAGCAAAUUCCAGAAAAGCCCAAGGUUGAUCAGAAACAACCAACUAUAAUCACUACCCCAAAGAUACAGCCGGCCCACAAGACGACGCCAGUGGCUGUUCGCCAUUUACCAGUUGCAUCGCAAAAGGAAUACCUACGAUUGGUAGAGCGUAUGCAACUGCUGGAGCAGAAGAAAGUUCAGGCAGCCAAGUCAGUUGCUCCUUUGGCUAAAAGCAAGGUCACAGUGGUGAAACCAUCGUCCAAAAACAAUUCACCACCAACCGCGUCAAAAGUUAACAAUUCAGCAAAGACCAUUUUAGCACAAGCAAAAAAUACCACUACCAUGACCACUAAAGCUACCUCAACAGCAGUAAACCCCCAAGAAAAAACAACGGAUAUAAAAUCACAAAAAACAAAAGCGAAGCCGAUUCAACUGUCCAAGGAGAGUCGGUUAAAAGCCUUUGAAAAUUCGUUUAAUAAAAUUGGGGGGAGUAUGCUAGUUAAUCUGGAUAAAUCACUGGAAAUGGUUGAAGAGGCCAAAAAGUCGAAGGCAAUACGUUUGCGAUGCUCACAGCGCCUCAAGGAACUUUAUGCCGAAAUGCAGAUUGUAAGGCAGGCGGUCAAACAGGAAGAACUGAAGCUGGCAAGGAUUCAGCCGGAAAUACAAUCCAGCCAUGAGAUCAUCAUAUCACUUAAGCAGAAACGUCACAAGCUCCAUACGGCAGCAAUGGACUUGGGCCGUGGAUUAAUGGGCAAAGACUACAGGUUACUCGACGAGGGAAAGGCGGCCAUCACCAGCAAAUCUACAGAGCUUACCAAACAGAUACGCCUGUACAAUUCCAUAGUGAAGUACGAAGACCUUAAAAAACUGACUGAUGCGGAGUUAAGUCAACCAAAUACUGUGAUCGAAACGGGACCUAAUACGGAUCAACCGGAGAACCCAAAAGAUAUAGAGGAAUUAAAUCCCCAAGAACCGCACUCCUUAGAACCAUCCACAGAUCCAGGAAUUGGAGACCAACACAAAACAGAGACAGAGCCUGCGAUUGGAAACGAACCUGAAGCGGAGACAAAGACUCCAGAUGAUCAGGCGCAGGAUAUGACGAUAGGAGUUGAUAUAAAAACCGCAGCUCCCUAUACGGUAACCACAAUGCGGGAACUACGCGAUGAGAGGGCAAACGAGCUUUAUGGAAAAAGCUAUCUAAGUGCUUAUCAAACGCCCAUGUCCCGGAAUUACAACAGCCACCUCGAUGUCCACGCCACUAUCUGCCCCUUCGAUCUGAUGGGUCGCUGUGAGGACACGGACUGUUCCUACCUGCAUUUAGCCCGCCCCGAUCUCCAAAACGAGCUGCCAAAGACAAAUCUCUCUCACAAUAACUAACAAAAACAAAACAAAAAUUUCACUAAAACAUUAAGAGUAUAUGUAUAAUCAUAAAAAUCAAUAGCGUGCUUGAAUUCUGGUAAGUUGGACUCUUCACGCGACUUAAUAUUUAAAUGUUGCUUUCAGUCAACGUUAAAAAAAGAAAGAAACCCACAAAUCAAA